AGCUCCUUCUAGCUCUGUUUGAUAAACUCUAGAAUAAUUAUCAUAUGAUUAAUUAGCUGUACUCCGAUCCGUGCUUCAGACGCAUUUUUCGAAUCUGGAAGAACAGAGCCAUGGCGGCCUCUGCGGUUUCUGUACUCCCGGGCGGUUGUCCACCGUGGCUGCGGCGCGAGUCGAGGUCACCGUCGGGGAGUCUGAAGUCGAACCGGAUGCCGUAUAAAAAUUGGAGAAUGGCGGUGUCGGUUGAAGAGGCCAGCCGGUCGACGGCGAGGGGGGUGCUUGAGAAGCGGGAAGAAGCAGAGGGAAUGAAGAUGGAAGGGGCGGCGGUGAAGGAAGGGAGUGAAUGGUGGGAGGAGGCGGAGGAGGAAGGGAAAGGAUGGAAGGCGUACUUAGAGGAAUCGAAGGAGAUGAUCAGGCCUGACGGUGGACCGCCUCGCUGGUUUUCGCCGUCGGUCGGCGCUUUCCGAUUCAACAGUUCUCCACUUCUGCUCUUCCUUCCUGGGAUUGAUGGCGUCGGACUUGGACUGAUUUCAAGUCAUAAGAAGCUGGCGAGGAUUUUUGAUCUUUGGUGCUUGCAUAUUCCGGUUGUGGAUCGAACACCAUUUACAGAGCUUGUGAAGAUGGUUGAGAGAACUGUUAGGUCAGAGAACCAACGCUGGCCAAAAAGACCCAUAUACCUUGUUGGAGAUUCCGUCGGAGCAUGCCUUGCCCUGGCUGUUGUUGCCCGUAACCCUGAUAUUGAUCUGGUAUUGAUUUUGGCCAACCCAGCUACUUCAUUCGGCAGCUCACAGUUACAACUCCUAACCCCAUUGUUGGAAGCUAUGCCUAGCCAGCUAUCUCCUGGCCUGCCUUAUUUUCUCGGUUUGAUGGCAGGUGAUCCUCUGAGGAUGAUAUUGGAUAACGCGUUGAAAGGACUUUCCCUAGAAAACACAGCUAGAGAGCUAACGGACGAUCUCAGUACUUUGUCAUCAUUUCUCCCUGUUCUUGCGGAUAUACUACCAAGAGAAACAUUUCAAUGGAAACUAGAGAUGCUCAAGUCAGCUUCUGUAUAUGCCAAUUCACGCCUUCAUAAUGUCAAAGCUCAGACUUUGAUACUUUGCAGCGGAAGGGAUCAAUUGCUACCCAGUCAACAGGAAGGCGAAAGACUUCGUCGAUUACUGCCAAAUUGUGAACUUCGUAAAUUUGAUGACAGUGGUCAUUUCCUUUUCCUGGAUGACAACAUUGACUUGCUAACCAUCAUCAAGAAAACUUCUUACUAUCGCCGCGGCAAGUGUCACGACUAUGCUUCAGAUUUUGUACCGCCAACACGCAAGGAAAUAGAAAAAGUACUUGAAGAAAACAGAUUGUUAAUUUCCGCCACAAGUGCUGUGAUGCUGUCAACGUUGGAUGAUGGAACGAUUGUUAAAGGUCUUGCUGGAGUUCCUUCAGAGGGACCUGUCCUUUUUGUGGGGUACCACAUGCUGCUGGGAUUGGAAAUAGCUCCUCUGGUUUCUCGAUUUCUUCAUGAAAAAAAUAUCCUUUUACGAGGGCUGGCACAUCCGGUGCUGUUUGCGAGACCAGAAAACGAAAAGUUUCCUGAUCCGUCUGAGUUUGAUAAAUUCAGGCUGAUGGGUGCAGUUCCAGUUGCAGCAUCUAACUUCUUCAAGCUUUUCGCGUCCAAGUCCCAUAUCCUACUGUACCCUGGAGGGAUGCGCGAAGCUCUUCAUCGGAAGGGUGAAGAAUACAAGUUAUUCUGGCCCGAGCAGGCUGAAUUUGUGAGGAUGGCAGCCAGAUUUGGAGCGAAAAUUGUGCCUUUUGGUGCUGUCGGGGAAGACGAUUUGGCUCAGGUAGUUUUUGAUUAUGAGGACUUGAUGAAGAUCCCUUAUUUUAGGUCUGAUAUAGAAACUUUAACGGAACAGGCUGCGAAGUUGAGGACUGAUGCUAGCGGCGAGGUGGCUAAUCAGCAAAUGCAUCUUCCAGGACUUAUGCCCAAAUUUCCUGGCCGGUUCUAUUAUUAUUUUGGAAAAGCAAUUGAAACGGAAGGGAGGAGGCAUGAAUUAAGAGAUAGGGACAAGUCUCAAGAACUGUAUUUACAAGUGAAGUCUGAGGUUGAGAGAUGCAUUGCUUAUUUGAAGGAGAAAAGAGAAACAGAUCCUUACAGAAACAUAGUGCCUCGCUUGUUGUACCAGGCCACGCAUGGUUUUACAUCUGAAGUUCCAACCUUUGAAAUUUGAUGUUGUUCUGAUCAAAUGGAAAACUGGGCUUCAAGCCUAAUAAGGCAUCAGGAUCAAGAGAUUAAUGGGAUUUAUCAUGAAAUACUCUUGUAUUUUUUUUGGAUAAAAAGAUCGAUUAAUUAAAGAGAAAAAAAAAAUUACAAUGCA